AUGGCUGAAUCUCAAAAGAUGAAGGUGGCCCUUAACCGCGACUGGACCGGUAUGAAUAUCGACAUCUCACAAACUACUGAAAUGGGUCUACGCCUAAUGCGCGAAGAUAAAGACGCUGGUGCCACCUUGAUUACGUUUCCUGAACUUUGGUUCCCCGGAUUUCCCAAAUGGAGGGAACAGAAUGACUGGAAGAAGACACAUCUGGCCUCCUACAUUGAGAACUCUCUGGAAAUUGGGAGUCACGAGUGGAAUACGUUGGUCGAUGGAAUUGUCCGUGGAUCUGGAAACUACAUCUAUAUGGCCCAGGCACUGAUCUCUAGAGAUGGCGAGGUGGUUAUGCAUCUUCGGAAGCUUAGACCAUCUGGUUCAGAACGGGGUAUGUUUAGCGAUGGCACGGUCGACCAGCUCAGAGUGGUGAACACCCCCCUGGGUCGUGUUGGCAUGCUUCAGUGUGGCGAACAUUUCUACCCAAGCAUGAAUUUCGUCAUGGCUGCCCAGCGCCCGAAGCUCCACAUUGGCGCAUGGCCCUUUGCCCUAAAUUUCGAUGACGACACCUAUAGCAUUUUCUACAAUGCCACCCUCGUGACCAGGGGCGCUGGCUCUUAUGCUCUCAACAGCGGCGCAUAUGUCCUGAUGCCGUCGGUCGGCUACUGCUUCAUAUACGAUGCCCUGAUGCGUAUUGUAGCCGCCAUGGAGAACGAUGUUGACUACCAGAAGCACUCUAUUUUAUACCACACAUUAGACAUCAGUGACCUACAUGACACCCAGGAUCAUGACCCCGAUGCACAAGCUUCUUGGGCUGUUUUGCAGCAGCUCGACGAUGCAUUUCCAGCGACCAUACCUCACGAGCAGGGCUCGUUGGUUCCACGACGUGAGACAAGUAUCGAAUACCUAACUUCCACCGAUAUGAAAUGGUCUGAAAGUGCCCCUGGAACUCCCUGGCCAGAGAAUCUUGCCCACUAG